GUGCUGUCUAGAAAUUAGAAGUAUACUUCUGUUUCAUAUUUUGGUUGAAUAUGUUUGUUUUCCUCAAACUAUAGUUCUUCAUAAUACUUGAGAGAAGUGGGUGAUGCUAUAUAACAGGUGAGAUAGGUUAUGUGUUUUGUUUUGUUUUUUCCUCAUAGGUGGUUAUUCCCAGUCACAGAAGGAAGCCAGUGUCUGGCAUUCUCUCCACAUGUCUACCUGCCAUGAUCAGGUGUUUGUCAGAUGAAGUACAAGCCAAAUUGCGUUCUGGUUUGGCCAUAAUCUCCUUAGGCCAAUGUGUUGAGGAACUUAUCCUCAAUAGUAUUGAUGCUGAAGCAAAAUGUGUGGCCAUCAGAGUGAAUAUGGAAACCUUCCAAGUUCAGGUGAUAGACAAUGGGUUUGGGAUGUCGGGUGAUGAUGUAGAGAAGGUGGGAAGCCGGUAUUUCAGUAGUAAAUGCAACUCAGUACAGGACUUGGCGAACCCAAAGUUUUAUGGUUUCCGAGGAGAGGCCUUGGCAAGCAUAGCUGACAUGGCUAGUGCUGUGGAAAUUGUAUCCAAGAAAAGCACGACUAUGAAAACCUUUGUGAAAACGUUUCAGAAUGGGAAAGUCCUAAAUGUUUGUGAAGCUGAUUUGACUAGACCAAGUGUGGGGACGACGGUAACAGUGUAUAACCUGUUUUCCCAGUUCCCUGUGCGGAGGAAAAGCAUGGACCCUAGACUAGAGUUUGAGAAGGUUAGGCAGAGGGUGGAAGCCCUCUCACUCAUGCACCCUGCCAUCUCUUUCUCUCUGAGGAAUGAUGUUUCUGGUGCCAUGGUUCUCCAACUCCCCAAAACCAAGGACACGUGUUCUCGAUUUUGUCAAAUUUAUGGAUUGGGCAAGUCCCAAAAGUUAAGAGAAAUACAUUUUAAAUAUAAGGAGUUUGAGUUUAGCGGCUACAUCAGCUCUGAAGCACACUACAAUAAGAAUAUACAGUUUUUGUUUGUGAACAGAAGACUGGUUUUAAGGACAAAGUUGCAUAAACUCAUUGACUUUUUAUUAAGAAAAGAAAGCAUUAUAUGCAGGCCAAAGAAUGCGGCUGCCAGUAGACAAAUGAAUUCAAGUCCUCGACAUCGUUCUGCAUCUGAACUCCAUGGGAUGUAUGUAAUCAAUGUGCACUGCCGGUUCUGUGACUAUGACGUGUGCCUGGAGCCAGCCAAGACGCUGAUUGAGUUUCAGAACUGGGAUACUCUGCUGGUUUGUGUUCAGGAAGGAGUGAAAAGGUUCCUAAAGCAAGAAAAACUAUUUGUCGAAUUAUCAGGUGAAGACAUUAAGGAAUUUAAUGAAGAUAAUGAUUUCAGUUUGUUUGGUGCUACCCUUCAGACACACACAUCCACUCAUGAGAAGUGUGAACAGAGCAGUUUCCAGGAAGCGUGCAAUAAUAUUUUGGAUUCCUAUGAAAUGUUUAAUUUGCAGUCAAAAGCUGUGAAAAGAAUAGCUACCAUAGGAAAUAAAAACACACAGAAUUCCGGGACUUCAGAAGCUAUCAGGAAAAAGACAAAUGACUCAUUAAGCAGUUGUGAAGCAGAUGGCCUGGGCCACAGUACAAUGACAGAGCCAUCGUUACACAGCAAAGACAGGGCUCACUUACAAUCAAGGGUGUUGUUGGAAGAAGCAUCACAAUCUGGAGAAAAUGAGAAGCAUCAGAAAUCUUUCUUGGAACACAGGACCUCAGAAAGUCCGCAUGGAACUAGCUCAGACGUGUUUCCAGGCCCUAUUCGGACACAUCAUCUCUCUGAGGAGGGUGAGGCAGAUCUAGAAAUACAGAAUAUAAGUACUGCUGUUAAUGUCUUGGCUGCCGACGAUUCCCAGAAUGGUGGGAUUCAGAGUCCACUGGAGAAAUGUAAAGAUGCUCCCAAAGUGGGGUACCAACCUCUGCCUUUUGAGACAACAGUAUUUAGAGUACAGAGUACACAGAGAAAGAAGGAAAAAAGAAAAGAGCUCAGUCAUGGAAGAGUAAAUGAUUUUAGUUAUGGACAAGUUCAGUUGGGCUCCACUGGCUUUAUAACUCACGUGGUACAAAAGGAGCACAGUAAGCCAGCUGAAGCAGAGCAUUCAUUUAAAAGUUAUGUUCGACCUGGUCCUGUAAGUGCCCAAGAGACAUUUGGAAAUAGAGCACACCACGCGGUCGAGACUCCAGGAAAUGACGAUUUAACAAGCACGUUAAGUAAAGAACCUGCUUAUCUGCUCCACAAAAAAUUGUGCAGGACAAAUACAGGUUAUGGGACAGAGGACAACCCAACAGAAGCGGAUGAGAACCUGGCUCUUUUUCAGGAAAGUGGCACAGGAUCCCACAGAGAUUGCUUUUUGCCUGAUACAUCCAUCUUCCCAAGGUACAGAUAUGCUUCAAGUAAGAAAACAGACAAGAUGAUGCAUUCCUCCAAACACGUAGUCCGUAGGAAGCUAAGCUUGCGUUCUCAAGUAGGAUCUUUAGAGAAGUUUAAGAGGCAGUAUGGGAAGGUUAACAGUUCUCUAGAUAGAGAGGGGGAAGGUAACACCAAAGUCAGGACCCAUCAAGAUGCUCGGGUCGAAGCUGCCAUUCUACUGAAAGACAAGGACCACUCAGAUAUGUCUGAUGGUGGUAAGAACUCUGCUGUGGAGCCCAGUGAUUCAUACGAUACUUGUCAACCAGUGAGUCACAUACAGUACUCAGAGAAAUUUCCAUUUUCCAAAGAAGAUUGCUUAGAACAGAUGCCUCAUCUGAGAGAAAGUUCUAUUACUUUGGCAGAAUUAUCUCACUGUAGCAGAAAACCUGAUGUUGAGAAGUCCACUGAAUCACUGGCUUCUAAAUUAUCCCGACUAAAAGGUUCCGAGAAAGAGAUGCAAACUAUGGGGAUGACAGGCCAUAUCAGUGAGCUUCCAGAUUCGGGUUCCAGUUGGGCAGACAGUAGCCGGGGUGCUAGGUCCGACUUACAUGUCUGUGAGUUACUUAAAAAUAAACACAAGAAAAUAGAGAGUGACAUGCUCCUAAUACCAGAUUCUGUGAUGCAAGAUAAUUCCAUCCAUAACAGUGCCAUACAUUCUGACAACAUAAUGAAUGGCACAGAGAAACCAGAAACUCCUUUGCUGCUGUUGCCCUGUAAUGACUCUGAAAUCAGUAGAGAUUCAGAUGUUCUCACCAGGUCUGCAGAGCAACAUACAGGAAGCCCUGGUCCUCCCUGUGGAAUGAUUAUGAGUCAGGUAGAAGAUGCCACUGCCAGCCAAGAUGGAAUUUGUUCCCAGAAUGAAGAAUCUAAAGCAAGGUCUUGUUCCGAAAAUGAAGACUCAAGCGCGUACUCUAUGGGUUGGCAACAGCAUUUUGAUGUAACUCUGGGAAGAAUGGUUUAUGUCAACAGAACAACAGGACUUAGCACGUUUGUUGCUCCUACAGACGAUGUCAAGACUGCCUGUACUAAAGACCUGACAACUGUGGCUGUGGAUGUCCUACUUGGGAAUGAUGCCGUGGCAACUGCUGCUGUCAGUGAAUCGCUUCAGUCUUUGUUUUCAGAAUGGAACAAUCCAGUAUUUGCCCGUUACCCAGAGGUUGCUGUUGAUGUCAGCAGUGGCCAGGCUGAGAGCCUAGCAGUGAAAAUUCACAAUGUACUCUAUCCCUAUCGCUUCACCAAAGAAAUGAUUCAUUCAAUGCAGGUUCUCCGGCAAGUGGACAACAAGUUUAUUGCCUGUUUAAUGAGCACGAAAAUGGAAGAGAAUGGCAAAGCAGGUGGAAAUCUGCUAGUCUUGGUGGAUCAGCACGCUGCCCAUGAGCGAGUUCGUUUGGAGCAGCUUAUUUCUGACUCCUAUGAGAAGCAGCCUCCACAAAGCUCUGGUCGGAAGAAGUUACUGUCUUCCAUGAUAAUUCCUCCUCUAGCCAUCACGGUACCAAAGGAGCAAAGGGGACUCUUGAGGUCUUACCACAAACAUUUAGAAGAUCUGGGGCUGCAAUUGAUCUUUCCAGAUGCUAGUGAUUCUUUGAUCCUUGUGGGAAAAGUGCCACUCUGCUUUGUAGAAAGAGAAGCCAGCGAACUUCGAAGAGGAAGAUGUACUGUGGCUAAGAGUAUUGUGGAGGAAUUUAUUCGAGAACAAGUGGAGCUGCUCCAGACCACAGGAGGCGUCCAGGGGACAUUGCCACUGACAGUCCAGAAGGUGCUGGCCUCCCAGGCCUGCCACGGGGCCAUUAAGUUUAACGAUUGCCUGAGCCUAGAGGAGAGCUCUCGCCUCAUCGAAGCUCUGUCCCUGUGCCAGCUGCCAUUCCAGUGUGCUCAUGGGAGACCUUCAAUGCUGCCCUUAGCUGACCUGGACCACGUGGAGCAGGAAACGCAGGUUAAACCCAAUAUUGCUAAACUUCGCAAAAUGGCCCGUGCCUGGCAUCUCUUUGGAAAAGCGGAAGGCCGUGAUAACAAGGCAGAGCCGGCCACAGUCCAUGCCUCCUGUGAACCACCAUGAACACAGUUUGGGAUCUGUGAGGAGUCGGGGGAGUGGUAUGCCUCCAAGCCGAGCAUGCGCAGCACAGACCACUCCAGCUGUGAGUGGGUCAGCCUGGCCUGAGUGGUCAGCAUAUCAGUCUCCUGGAGCAGAUGCACUCAAGCCAUUCCUCUGCAUCCAUGGACACAGGGGUUUACCAUAUAACACCUGUCUUUUGUGAACUGAUUUAGUGAUAAAAUGGUAAUGACUUUCUAAGUGAUAGGUUGGCUUAUGUUUGAGAAUGGUGACGGUUGAUUUUGAGCAGUUUCUCCAGGCUCUCCAUUUUACAUGUGUGAGAGGAUGCUAAAUGUUAAGGGUUGGUCUGCUUUCCCCAAAGGCCCUGGCCCUGCGCCGCGCCCUCCUCCCCACUCAUCCCUCCCUCCCGGAGUCCUCUUAGCUUCUUUACAUUCUGUGCUAGGUUUAUGGUGUCUGUCUGCUCUAUAAAAAUAUUACCUGAUGUCUUCCAGCAAGACUUUAGUUAAAUUAUUUUAGGCAUUUAAAACUAUUAAUGGCAAGAAGAAAAAAAAUUAUUAAUACCUGGGUGUAGUAAUAUAUACCUGUAAUCCCAGUACUUGAAAGGCUGAGGCAGAAGGCUGGCAAGGUCAAUACCAAUCUAGGCUAUCUAACAGCAAGACCCUUUCUCACAAUAAAUAAACUAUCAACAAAGAGAAACACAAGAUAGAAUAGGGAAAGUUUGAAACUUUUCUCUUUUUCAAUUCUCUGUGUAGCCCUGGCUGUCCUGGACUCGCCUGUAGACCAGGCUGGCCUCAAACUCAGAGAUCUGCUGCUUCUGUCUUCUAAGUGUUAGGAUUAAAGGUGUGUGCCACCAUCACCUGGCAAGAAAAUUUACAAGGAUUUUUUUUUUAAAAAAUAUUCUUACUGCUUUUUAAAACCAAAAAUGAAUGUUCAUAUCCUAAACCAGUA